GGUGGAGAGGGGGGUCAUGCCACCCACCGCUGUGUGUGUAUAGGAAGUGAUGUGGUAACUUUUUGAACAGAUGUGUUAGCUAGCAGGCUAGCAAGAAAAGAAAAAACAAGCCGUAGACAAGAUGAGUGCCGGGGAUCAGAAGGCGCUCUUAGUGUUAGUGAGCUCGGGGAAAAGCGGAGAGUGCUGACAGGUCGAGUUCGGGUGUUAUUAGCAUGUUAGCGCGGAGAUAGCGGGCUGACGCUAACUGAGGGAGUUGUUUGAGACGCCAUGGUGUGCGCGAGCGGCGCCUUGUCGGAGUCGCUGCAAUGGCCGUGUCUGGUAACGCUGUUCCUCGCCUCUGUGGUGACUUUAAUCAUCUAUUUAGUGCAGUAUUUCGGUGUUUUUCGGCGCGGGAGCGGGACACGGGCCGGAUGGGAGGAGUGUGAGGAGGCGGACCGGCUGCUGAGCUGGUUACUGGAGCUGAAGAGCUGGAGGACGGAGUGGAGGAGAGCCUGGAUCCGAGCCCUCAACAACCACCGCUGCAUUACACAGGGAGCGCUCCAGCUGGUGUUUGAGGAGGAUGGUGUUCAGUCAUCAGAACUCAGCGUGCACCACGUCUCCAGCUUUAACAGAUCACCUGGACGGAAGGAUGUGCAGUGUGAGGUGAUUGGAGAUAAUCUGCAGUUUUCUCUCAGCGCUUGUCCGAACUCAGGCUCUACACCCCCUCCUCUGAGAUACAGCGUAAAAAUCUCACCGCUACAGCUGCAGCUGGCCCUGCAGAUGACGGAGGUAGAUGGAGAAGUUCAGAUUACAUGGGGACUGGAACAGCGGGACCUGACGCACCUGCAGCUCACACCCAUUUACACACAGGGAGCAUCAGUGUGUUUGAGUGAAGCAGCAGUGAAGAGCAGGCUGCAGCAGGUUCUGUGUGAAACACGAGCCACAGUGACUCUGAGCAGCAGGACUGCGCAACCUACAGAACUGAAGGAAGUGAGGAACAGGAUUUUAGAGGUCUCUUCUCCACCUAAACCCCCUCGUGCUCACCAGUGGAAACUCUUAGUGAAGAACGUCCGGGUCGUGUACAGCCAAGAGAAUGGAGCUGCAGGCAGUCUAAGUCCUCAGUGUGUUAUGCAGUUAGAUGAUCCUCCUCAGAAAUUGUCCACCUCAGUGCUGAAUAACGUAAGCGAGCCGGUGUGGGAUCAGCCCUUUAUCUUUGAACUCAGCGGCAGGUCGAAGGAGCUGAACAUCCAGCUGUUGGAUCAUGGGAAACCUCCAGAGAGCUGUGUGCUCGGGCAGGUGUGUGUGCCGUUUAAUCUGGUGAAGAGGAGCCCGAGAGGACAGCACACUUUCACACUGAGCAACACACACCAAGUUAUCGGAUCACUGACUACUGAGUUGUCCUACCUUGAGCCGAGCGAAGUGCGCACUUGGCAGCCACCUACUCCUGCGCCUACCAAGCGAGUGGAGAUGGACAGGACCGUGAUGCCAUGCGGUACCGUCGUCACCACCGUCACUGCGGUGAGGAGCAGACCGGGGCGUUCGCUUCCAACAGAAUCAAUGAAACCUCCAACCAAAGCCAAGCUGACAGAGAGGCGAGUGUCUGAACAACCCUCAAUGCUGGGAGCUAAAGUCAGCAAAGCCUUAUCUUCAUCAGAUACAGAGCUGCUGAUGCUGAACGGGACCGACCCGGUGGCUGAGGCUGCGAUCAGACAGCUGUAUGAGUCGGCUAAGCAGAAACUCAAAUCUCCCGUCAAAAAGAGCACCAUCAUCAUCUCUGGAGUGGCAAAGGCACCGCUGUCUCAGGACGAGGAGAUGACUCUAAUGGCCGGAUACGCUGCUGCGAUGGACGCCUCCAUGGCCGAGUCGCCCGACAGCACGAGGCAGGAAUCGGAGACUCUCUCGGAACCCUGCAUCUCAGACGUGACCGAUCCGUUGGAGGGUCCGAGCGGAGCGGACUGGGAGAGUCAGACAGGAGAGGAAUCAGACAAAGCUUCGCUCUCCCUCUGCGUCUCUGAGUCUGGAUCCAAAAAGGGGAAAGGCAGCUUCCUCCAUAAGGGUGCCCGGCUGUUUUUCAGGCGCCGGCAGCAGAGGAAGGAGCCGGGGAUGAGUCAGUCCCAUAACGACCUGCAGUACCUGGAGCAGGCCGAGGAGAGACGCACUGCCACCUUCAAGCGCAUCAUCAACCGCAAACUGCUGCCCAAACACAAGAGCAAAGCAAACGGCGUCCAAACAUCAGACCUCCAUCAGCCUCACUAACACACUCACACACACAUUCUCUCACACACACACUCUCCAACACCAAAAUGACACAUAAAAUCCAAGGACAAAGCGGUAUUCUGUACUAGUCCGGAUAAACACGCUAAUCUUUACACUAAUCCUUAUGCUUAUCCUCACACCCUGCCAGGCAGAAGGCCUUCCACGUUACGUAACGAAGUCACAUGCUAAAGGUUGGGCGAUAUAUCAGGAUGACGAUGAGGGAACUAAAACUGUGAGGAGGAAACAUGCUGCUUUUUAGAUUUUAAUUUUUAUCGACAAUAAUGCAAAGAUGAAUAUAAAAUCGAAUCCGCUUUUAACGACCAGAUAUUUAGACCCCAAAUCAAAGCGGCGCCUCGUCUCUGUCUUUGUCCAUGACAACACGUCCUGUCCUGUCUGUCCAAGUUCCGAUUACAGAUAAUGGAAGCCAAAAUGUACAUCAUGUACUGCACGCUUUAUACGCAUCAGUGUUAUCCGUGUUUAAAAAUGGCCGAGGGAUAUAUAUCAGAGUUAUUGGCACCCUUCAUCAAGAAUAUAAUGACACAAAAUAAAUAUCUGUUAUUCAGGAUCAUUGCUCCUUCAUGGGAGGCUUCACUAAUAAUUAAAAAGAAACCGUUUUACACAAAAUAUUACUGAUUGCACAUUAUAUUUUAUUCAUUUCCCCACUCAUUUUAAUCAAGGGUGCCAAUAAUCCUGGUCAUUCAGCAUGAUGCUGGUCAUUCAAAUUGCCAAGCUUUAUAUAAAAGUGUGUUUAAUAUUAUAAUAAGGAAUGAAAUAUAUUGAUGAUCCCACCCACGCCGUACGAUUGGCCCAGUUGUUCACUGCAGCCAAUCAGGUGGAUUAGCAGCUUUACAGAGUCGUAACUCAUUUACAUAAACCAUCAGCUGCUGCUGCCUUCACUCCGGUCGCUCUCCAACUUUCGGCUCUUUACAGACCUAACCGUUAAUUUUUUAAUCAAAUCGCAUAUAAUUAGAUUAAAAUUAAAGAUAACUUGGAAUGAAUAGCAAAAAAUAAUAAUAAUGUGACUGUACACAUCAACAACCUGAAGAUUCUUUAUCAGUAAUAUUUUAAAUUUUAUUGAUAAUUAUAAUAAUAACUGUGCUGAGGUUUGGAUGGUGACACACACACACACACACACACGCUGCAAAACAGUUGACUAUUGAAACAAGAAGCCAAAUAUGCAUCACUGGUGUGUGUGUGUAAAGGUGUCAUGAUGAGAUGUGCCACAUGAUGAGUUCUUACCUGAACUAUAGUUUUGUUUAUUUUACCAUUUUUCAUUUAUAUAUAUAUAUAUAUAUAUAUAUAUAUAUAUAUAUAUAUAUAUAUAUAUAUAUAUAUAUAUAUAUAUAUAUAUAUAUAUAUAAUCUGAGUAAAUAUGUAAAUCCGUCGGUCAGUUUGAAUGUUGUUUCAUGAAUAUAGGACGGAGUGUGUUUGUGUGUGUGAGUGUUUAAACACUACAGGAGGGCAUUAAUGAGAACUUUAAUCACACACAGUGAUGUCACAAUGUCAUUUCAGUGAUUUGUUUAGUUUUGUUUAUUUGUUUGUUGAUCACAUGACCUGUACUACGUUUGUGUUGUUUGUCUCUGAGGGAUUUAAUGAUCCACUUCCCGCUGAUGAUAAUCCCACAUUCCUUUAUUCUCAGUGUGUGAUGUUACGCACUGUUAGUAUUUGUUUGUUAGUAGUCACAUGACCAGCUGAUUGAUUUUCUGUGUGUGUGUGUGUGUGUGUGUGUGUGAAAUGUUUCGAUAAUCAGUGUUCUGAUCCACAUUUCCUCCUUUAAUCGUUUCAUUUGACGUUUCUCCGGUGAAGAGUGUGGGGUGGCUCAGGCUGCAGUUAGGACUGUGUUUGUGUGUGUGUGUGUGUAAGUGUGAGAAUGUGAUUUGUUUUUAGUUUGUUUAGUCACAUGACCUGAAGUCCUACAGUUAAUAUCCAGUACAGAUGGGGAUUUGUCUCACACACACAAUAAAACAUCUCAGAUCUCACUUUCACCCCAAACCGCAGUGUGUCAGAGGACAUGUGUUCAGGGUGUGUGUGUGUGUGUGUGGUGUCAGAGCUCCACACACUCCGGACACGGCUCCCAGGAUGAUCCUCUCGAUGUGUGAAUCUCAGGCGUCUGUUAAUCGCACCAUGUUCACUAGGUAGUGCGCUGUUGUCAUGUCCUGUCUGGAGGAUCUAGUGUACUCGUGUAAUCCCACAAUGCACUGCAAUUAGUUCAUGUCUAUAGCACACUCUUGUAGGGAUUAGAGGUUAGGGCACAGGGCUUAUUACUGAUCAUGGGGAUUUAUUUGGGAUGAGAAGGUCACGUGGUCAGUCAGUUUACUGUCUUUGUAGCCUAAACCGUCUGAUCUCUAAACGUAACAGGAAGUGACGACUGUGAGUAAACCCACACUUCAGUCUGAUGCUGAUUGACAUCACUAUGGUAACCAAUGUCCCUUGCACCAUGUGAGCAUGUGCUUAAUCCUUUGAUGACACCUUCAGCUUUCUGAGCUCUGUACUCAAGACACCAAAAUUAACACCUGGAACAGGAAGUGAUGCGACAGAGCUGAGUGUAGCCAUAAAUUAAUGAGCUUGAUGAGUUCACUGUUGUGUGUAUGUGUGUGUGAAAGAGAGAGAGAGAAGAGACUACUGGUGUUUCAGGUUUCACUGGACUCUGAGUGUGUGUGUGAUUAAUAUUAGGUUUAUCAUUUCAAGCAAUAAAUG